AUGCCAACGACAAGAAAUUCUAAACGACACACUAGUAUACCAAAUGGACUUAGUGACGAAGAAGUACACUCAUCAGAAUCCGAAGAUGAGAUAAAUAAAGUUAGACAUGUUCUGUCAAAGAAUAUAUUGACGAACAAAAAUUCUUCGUCAAGUGAAGAGGAUGAUGCCGAAGAAACUAAGCAAGCUGGUUCACCAUUGAAAAAAACGAAGAGGAUGAAUUGGAAAAAGAAAGACUUUGUUCUUCCAUCAGCAGAUUUUACUGAAACCUUGCCACCACCACCGAAUGAGGAAUUCGAACCGAUUAACUAUUUCUAUUCUAUGUUUGGAAAAGAGUCUAUGUUGCUUUUAACUGAUCAAUCAAAUUUAUAUUCUGUUCAAAUGAAUCCAAAUAAGCCUCUUUGUAUUUCUCAACAUGAAAUGGAGCAUUUUAUAGUUAUAUUAAUUAUGACAGGCGUUUAUUCAUUUCCAACACCACGUUUCUUUUGGAUGAAUACCACUCGUGUUGAAUCCAUAGCUUCUGUUAUGAGUCGAGACAGAUUUCUGCAAAUAAAAAGAAAUUUGCAUGUCGUCGAUAAUUCAAAUCAAUUAUUUAUCAAUGAUCCGAAUUUUGAUCGAGCACAUAAAGUUCGUCCAUUACUUAAUAUCGUCAAAGAAAACUUUAGAAAGAUUCCUAAGGAAGAAAAUUUAAGUGCAGAUGAACAGAUUAUUCCAUUCAAGGGAAGAAGUAUCAUGAAGCAGCAUAUGCCACUGAAACCGAAUCGUUGGGGAUACAAAAUGUUUGUCUUAGCCGGUGGUGAAAGUGGUAUUUGCUAUGAUUUCAUAUUCUAUACUGCUGAAGCUUUACUUAAAUCGGCUCCAUUACCACCUCCAGUGAAACCUGGACGUUCAUCGUUGAAAUUAUCUACAGUUGAAAAUAGUGCUUCAGUCCCACAAAGAGUUGCACCAAGUCCUUUACCACCAAGAAGCGUUCGGUUCGAUAAGUAUGACCAUUGA